AUGGAGACAGAAUCGAUGCCAUCGACGGCAUCAGCGGUGCCGGAAAAACAACGAGAGAAGGAAAAUGAAGAUAAAAAAGAUGAAAGAGAUAAAGAAGGGGAGGCGUUCGCGCUCCUCUCCCAUCGGCAACGAAAGAAGAUGAAGCGAAUGCUUUUUAACAGAGCGGAAAAACUUUCGCGAAAGGAGAAGGAAAAGACGGAACGAAAGUCAAACAGAUUAAAAAGAAAAGGAGAGAUUAACGAAAUGUUAUUGAACAUGUCCACAGACGAGCGAGAAGCGUGGCGGAAAGAAGCCUUUCGAAAGAAGAACGAAAAGCUAAAAGAAGUACAAAAGAAGGAGAAAGAGAUGAAGGAGAAGUUUGCAAAGGCGAAACAGAACAUAGUUAUCGAUUUAGAUUUUGACGACAUCAUGACACCGGCGGAAAAGCAGUCGAUGGUGAAGCAGAUGCGAAUUUGUUACGCGGUGAAUAAGAAAGCAAAGAUAUCGACGCGAUUACACUUGACGAGUAUGAACGGAAAAGGUACUUCUCGCGAUUUGCGAGAGAAGAUUGACGGUUUUGAAAACUGGCAAGGAAUUUAUACGCACGAUAACUCUCUUCCGUUUGAAAUUGAACGACGAGGGAUGACUGACAACGAAGCGAGUAUAUUCUUCAAACGCAAAAAGGAUUUAGUCUAUCUUACCGCCGACUCGCCGUUUGAAAUUUCAACUCUCAACGAAAACGAUAUAUACAUCAUAGGCGGGUUCAUCGAUCGAAAUAGACACAAGAUGAAAACGUUAAACAAAGCCGAAGCGCUUGGGAUUCGACACGCGAGGCUUCCUAUAAACGACUUUCCUCAAAUGAAGAGUUCCUCUGUGUUAACCGUGAACCAGUGCUUUGAAAUUUUAGUCACGCAGCUCGAAAUGAACGACUGGAAGCAAACAAUCGAACGCAGCGUACCGCGUCGCAAAAUUGCAGCAGCGGCAAAGGAAAAAUUAGCAGAAGCGCCGAAGACGAUGACGGCAUCAAAGAUACCGAUCAAUGUAGAUAAAGCAGUAGUAGAUGGUUUCACCGAUUACGGCGAAUUAUCUGAUUAA